AUGGCGUAUAUGCAUGACGAUGACAAUGACGGUAUUGAGAGUCCCACGUUCACGUGCUUCGAGAUGUGCAUCUACGGGUGGACCCUCGCGCGGACCGCUGUGUGGUUGAACGGAUCCAGAGUCAUCUUGCGGUGGUUCCUGUUGGGGUGGGCGCAUGACGAUGACAAUGACGGUAUUGAGAGUCCCACGUUCACGUACCUCGAGAUGUUCUUCUUUGAUGAACCCUCGGCGGACCGCUGUGUGGUUGAACGGAUCCAGAGUCAUCUUGCGGUGGUUCCAUUGUGGGGUGGGUCGUCCUCAUGCAAGGUCUUGACAAUGAUGCUUCGACCGUUCGUGUUCGAGUGGCAAACGUCCAUUCAUCGUCAAGUCCGCUCCGAUACAAGUCAUCAUGCAACCCAAGCCUUCAUUAUCCCGUUCACAUUAUCCCGUUCGUCAAGUCAAGUCAAGUCAAGUCAAUCACGACGACGCGUCAAGACUCCCACGUCACAUGUCCAUGCUACUGUUGGUUGGUUGGUCGAUCGGUCGGUUGACAUGCAUGACGAUCACUCUUCGCCGACAAUGGCUGGUGUCUUGCGGUGGUUCCUCUUUGGGAUGGUUCGUCCUCGUGCUGGCAUGUUGGGUUGUCGGCAACUCAAAUCACAACAGGCAACAAGUCGAGAGCACCGAUUCAUCGUCCAAGUCUUCAUGAUUCGUUCGUCUUGGGUCUCGCAACACGGUCCUCGCUCCUCCUUUGGAUUUCGGUCAGGUUACUUCCAACGUCGCUCAACUCUCAGCUCCAAGCAUGUCAUUAGGUGGUCGGUCGGCGGUCGGUUGGUCGGUGUUAGUGUCGGUUGGUUGGUUGGCGGUUGGCUGCCUUGUCCCUGUCGGUUGGUCAUCUGCAUGGUUUCGCUGCGAGUUGGCUCUUUGUGGCGUCGUCUCCUACUUUCGUAA